UGAAAUCAAUGGCUAAUCUAAAAUUUCUGAUUACCAAAGGCAGAAAACGUUUAAAUUCAAACCGAUUUAACAAUCUUCCUUCGGAAUUAUUAACAGAAAUUCUUGCAAAAGUAGCCUCUACGUCGGCUAUUGAUCUAUUCCAAGCGAAAACGAGCUGUAAAGACUUUCGUCUAGCAGCGUCGGAUGAUUACGUCUUUCAAAACAUCGAGAUUGAUUCGUUUGUUGACAAAUCAUGGAAAAUAAGGCAGAAUGGUGCGUCCAAUUUUUUGGAAAGAUGCAAUAAAUGUGGAAAUCCAGAGUCGUUGUUCCGACAAGGUAUGAUCGAUUAUUUUAGUAACUUAAAAAUUGAUUCCGGAUUCGAAUGCUUAAAAAAGGCGGCUAAUAAAGGACAUGUAGUUGCUACUUACGUGUACGGUAUAAUUCUUGUGUGUUAUGGCGGCGAGUUACGAAAAAAGGGUUUGAAGUUACUUUUCGAGUUAAAACGAAGAUCGAACUCGAGGUUGAUUGUGAAAGAAUGUAGAGAAAAGGUGAGGAAGAUUUUCUAUGAAAUGUGGCCGAAUAUUAAUUAUAUAAUUGGAUACGGACCGGCCGAAGAAGAUGAAUUUAAGAGGAAAUUAAAAAACUGUAAAUGUAAAGCGAAGUUAUGUUCUUGGACCGCCGUGCCUCGCAAGGAAUCGUCAGUUUGGAAACCGCCGCGGGACGAAGAAUUUGAAGAUGAUAAAUUUUCUUGUCAAGCUUGUUUAUGGGAUCUUGAAGCAUUUAGGUUUCUUAAUUUUUUAAGGACAAAAUGUUUUAAAGUUCCUUUUUUGUUGUAAUUUUUCUUGAUUGUGGCUAAUUAGUCUUUUAGAGUUUGAUUUGCAGUAACAUAUUUAGAUAAUUCGUUAGAAGCAGAAGCACUAAUUUUGUAAUUCAACCCAGUCAAACAAGUGUUUAAAAUAAUUCGUUU